AUGAGAAAACGUAACGGAAAUAAUCUACAUUUAUAUUUUCCCGAUUCACUUCCCUUCAACCCACCCUUCACUUUCUUGCGUGAACUGCGAAGAAAGAUUCUUGUACCAGUGAGCCUCCUUCCUUAUCAGGUUCAGCGUUCUCUCAAGUUGGGUCUUGACAAAUUCGUGGCAAAGAUGAAUGAUCUCAUUACAAAAUCGUUCCUGAGUUACGUAGAGCUCAAGAAACACGCCAUGAAAGACCAAGAAACAGAGGCAGACCUUGAGAUGGGCCAACUUGACCCAACUAAUGAACAGAACCUCUCUCUGUUCUUCCAAGAAGUGGCUCCAAUAAAGUCUGACAUGGAAGACAUCACAAACCUUCUCCUUGAUCUUCAAGACCUAAAUGAAUCCACGAAGUCCACUCACAGUGCGAAAAUUCUGAAAGGAAUCAGGGAGAGAAUUGAUUCAGACAUGGUCUCCAUUCUUCAAAAAGCAAAGAACAUCAAAUCAAGACUGGAAUCACUCCACCAGUCUAAUUUGGCUAAUCGUAAGUCUUACAAAGAAAUAACCCCUGUUGAUCGAACCCGGAUUUCGGUGACUAAUGGAUUGAGAGUUAAAUUGAGAGAAAUGAUGCAUGAUUUUCAGUCCUUGAGAGAACAGAUUGUGAAAGAACACAUAGAAGGCCUGAAGAGGAGGUACUACAGUAUUACAGGGGAGGAACCCAGUGAGGAGGUGAUAGAGAAGAUGAUGAUUUCAGGAAGUGGGUUGCAAGAGAAGUUAUUUGAAGGGAAGGUGGAUUUGGCUAUGGAGAAUAAAGAACGGCACGAGGCGUUAAAGGACAUACAGAGGAGCUUGACAAAGCUGCAUCAGGUUUUCCUUGACAUGGCUGUGCUUGUGGAUACACAAGGUGAAGAGAUUAAGACCAUUGAAGAGAAUGUGAAUCAUGCUAAGGCUUCCAUCAAUGGCGGAACCAAUGGACUUUUCUAUGCUAAACAGAUGGAAAAGAGAAGGAAUUGGGCUUGUUGGAUUGGUGUUUUGGUGCUGAUUUUGUUAGUCUGCCUUGUUGCCAUUUUAGCUUAAUAGGUGUGUCUGAACAUGCCAUUAUUGCCGAUGAUGCAAGGUUUACUCUUUUGGUAAAAUUGUUAACAGAAUCCUCUAAACUCUGUCUUGUGAUUGCUGGUGAAUGAAGUUCAAUAAUUUUUC